AUGUCUUUAUCAUUAUUAACACCUCGACUAGUAUCACGCCAGUGUCUCACUCGUAUAAUUGCUAUACGAAGUGCAUCGGGAUUGAAGCUACGGGGAGAACAAUCAUUGAAAGCUGACCCAGAUCAAGGAUAUUUCAAAUAUGAACGAGACAUCUCCCGCGACAAACGCUAUAGCAAUCCACAGAAGCUUGGCGACACACCCAUGAGGUAG